CGAAGCGUUUAUGGAUUCUGUUUGGGAUCGUGGCGUCUUCAAAAGCAUCCCCCAAGCUCCUCCAACGACCUGGACCCAAACCCAUGUUCUGCUAGCAACCACAGACAAACACAAAUCUCAAGUUCAUGUUCAGCCCCCAAUCACGCGCCUUGUCCUCCCGGGUGCUACAAUAGUCUCUACUUCCUUGUCGACUCCAAGUCAUCCACCCACCAUGGCAGAUGCUCCCGAGGAUAUGGUCGAGAGCGUGCUCCCGACGCGCUGGAAUCGAGACUUUGAAAAUAUCGCCAAUGAUCUGUGCCCACAGCUGCAGCGAUGGACACGAACUCCUCAACGCGUCAUCAAAUUCGACAAAGACGAGAGCCAGUACUUUGGUGUCCGUGCCACGCCUGCGGAAUACCCAAUUGACAAAUUACCGUCCAAGACUUGGGGGAAAGGAGAUGACUUCAUUCUCGACUUUGGUAUUCACAUGGUGGGAUAUGUCUCGAUGAGACUAGAGUCCCGGGGCUCACACAUGGACGCCCCAUGCAGGUUGCGCCUCACGUUUGGCGAAUCUCCUUUGGACGUGACUCUCGGGAUGGAAAAUGUUGAAACAUGGAUUAGCACCAGCUGGCUUCCGGAUGAAACCAUCAAUAUCGACACGUGUCCUGAGGAGGUCUCUCUAUCUCGACGAUAUUCUUUCCGCUUCCUUCGAGUUGAAGUCAUCGACACCUCACCCAAAUACAAGGUCACAUUUUCGGACGUCAAAUGCCAAUGUGUUAGCGCCAUCAGCCAGAACCACUCCCUGGAGGCUCCGCAGUUUAACGACUCUCUCCUCCAGCAGAUCGACCACGUUAGCAUAUCGACACUGAGAGAUUGCAUGCAAACCGUCUUUGAGGACGGGCCUCGAAGGGAUCGUCGGCUCUGGAGCGGAGAUCUUCGGCUUCAAGCGCUUGCAAACUACAGCACCUUCCGGGACUUCAACCUCGUAAAGCGCUGCAUCUUCCAGUUCGCUGCCGUGGUCCGCGAAGAUGACUCCGUGCCAGCUUGCAUCUUUGAGCAGCCUCAGCUCACGCCUUCGACUGACUACAUUGUAGACUACGACGCGCUAUUCGCCGCCAUUACGUACGACUAUGUGGUGGCAUCGGGCGACAAAGCUGCCGGUCAUAGCCUUUGGCCCACCGUCCUCGGCUGCGUGAAGCGGGCACUCACGCAUCUUGAUGCUACCACUCACGCGUUCGAUGAGUCCAAGGGCGAAGGAUGGAAGUUCCUUGACUGGCAGCCUGGGCUGGAACAUAGCGCAGGACUACACGGAGUCCUGCUGUAUUGUCUGAAAGCAGCUAACUCCUUGGCCACGGUCCUCGGCAAGGAGGCCCCUUUUGUGGACCUCGUGGCCCAAAUGACCGAAGCAGCGAAGGUGUUCCUUUCUCCAGAUAACGUCUUCGUGUCUGGUCCCAAGGCACAGGUUAGCUUCGCGUCGGCGUCUUGGCUUAUUCUUGCAGAGGCCUUCCCCCAGGACAUCGCCCGCACGGCUCUGCUCAACACACUUAGACACCCCGAUGCUCUCAAGCCUCUGACCCCCUACCUAUGGCACCAUGUGUGCGAUGCCCUCGCUACCGUGGGCUUGUACGAGAAGUGCGUGAAGAUCAUGGCCAGUUACUGGGGAGGUAUGGUCCGCGCCGGUGCAGACACCUUUUGGGAGUGCUACAACCCCGAAGAUCCUCGGGCAAGUCCCUACGGCGAUGCUCGAAACAACAGUUUCUGUCACGCUUGGAGCUGUACACCAACGUACCUUCUUAGGGGAAAGCUGAGAGAGUUUGUGGGCGUCAAGGAAACGAAGUCAGUCACCAUGGGUCACUUGGACGAAGAUUGGAUCAAGUCACAGGUCGGGAGUCAAUAAUGCAGUGACCAGUCGAAGAUUAGAGUAGAAUGAAUCUAAACCACCCCAUCAGGCAUCGAGUCAAGUGGUAGACGCCAGAGAAAAUUGAUAUUCAUUUCCCGAAUGAUAUGUGCGCAGCUUGGCUUUUCCAAACAUAUUUACUUGAUUGGAUUAAGUAACUGUUGGAACAGCAAAGGCUGAUAAGGAGUAAUAGGCAGGUACCAUGGGCUGG